AUGGAAAGUUCGAAUAAGAAUUAUCUUAGUAUAGUCGAUUUGCCCAAUGAAAUCUUAUUGAUCAUUUUCAAUAAACUAAAAACAGUUGAUGCUCUCUAUUCACUUGUGGAUAUUAAUCAACGAUUUGAUCGAUUAGUAUUUGAUUCACUUCAUAUUCGAAAUCUUGAUACGACGAGCAUCACCAUUAAAUCAUAUUAUGAAUGGAACUUUUCAAUAGACAAUAAUCUUCUUUCAAAGAUAUCUGAAAAAAUCUUGCCUCGAAUUCAUCAUCAAUUAAAUGAACUUAUUGUUGAACAAUAUUCAAUGGAACGUAUUCUCUUUACUGUUAAUUAUCCUCAACUUUACUCAUUAUCACUUGUUAAUUUUCAAGAAGAAAUACUUUUUCAAUAUUUAACAGGUGAUUCAGUUCUUCAUGAUCUUCUUACUCAACAAAUAAGAUAUCUUAAUAUUGAUGUUUCAUAUGAGCCAAAAUCAAAAGCAUCUAAAACUCGCUCAACUAUAUUCCUAUUGAUUUUAUCAAUGUGUCAACGAUUGAUUUAUUUGAAUUAUUGUCAAUUAUUUCCUGAUCGGAUGAGUCCAAUUUGUAUUUAUAAGUAUCCAUCAACAAGUUGUAUAUCGUCGAGUUUAACUAAAUUAAAAGUUAAUGUCGAAAAAUUUGAUGAUUGUCUUUAUCUUGUUCGACAUCUCAAAUAUUUGUCAACAUUGAUUAUUGAUGUGAAAAAAAUCUCAUUGAGUUUAUCAGAUAGAAAUAAUAAAGAUAAACUUCACAAUUUGAAAUGCUUCUCAUUAACCUCAAUUGAGUUUACAUCUCAUUAUAAUGAUCAAAUAAUUCCAUUACUUCGUCGAAUGAUAAAUCUUAAAGAAUUGACAUUAUUCUUGUCAGUACUAAAAAGGUACUCGACUUAUAUUGAUGGUAUUCAAUUACAUGAUCAAAUUCUUAUUUAUAUGUCACAAUUGAACAAAUUUAUCUUCAGUAUAAACACAAGUGUUGAUAAUACAAACAAGAAUAUUAAUCUUCCGUCGAAUGAAGAUCUUCAACAUAGUUUCAUUGGAAAAGAAUAUCAACAAGUUGGUUCUUGCGUUCAUUAUAGAUCAGAAGACAAUAUAGGCAUGUCGCAUGUCUAUUCACUUCCAUAUCAAUUUCAAUAUUUUAUUCAUCUUAACAAUUCUUUUCAAGCUGAUUUCUUUUAUACAGUUCGACGAUUAACAAUGACUGAUGGACGUCCUUUUCAACAUAAUUUAUUCAUAGUUAUAUCUCAAUGUUUUCCUCUUCUCAAAGAGUUAUAUGUUAUUAAUUAUCAACCACAAAUAAAUAAGGAACAUUCGUCUAUAUUGAUUAUAUAUCCUCAUCUUAUUCUUCUCAAUCUGGUUGAAACACAUGCGGAUUAUGCUAAAGAACUUCUCUUCGAUAAAAGCACCCAUCUACCUUCUUUAUCAGAUCUAUACAUCGAGUUCAAAUCACUCGCAAUGAUAACAAACAAUUUUACCAAUAAUAGAAUACGUCGCAAUUGUGCUAAAAUAAAAAAACUUCAUAUAGAUAAGUGUUUACGACCAAAGAAUUUUCAUGAAUAUUUUCCAUUAUUAUAA